AUGGCACCACCCGACACCAAAAUCGUCGCACUAGCUGCGAAGAUAAGCAGCUUGGUUGCAGAGUUGCAAGAAUCUCUUUCGGCCCGGGGAGUAGAAUCCCCAUCCUUUGACGAGAAUAGUCCUCCAUACCUCCCUUCUGAUCUGCACCAUAUUCGGGAUGAUGUCCUCGACGCAACCGCUGAGCUCCAUGAGGUUCUCUUGGAACCUCUGAUGCUCAUCUACAAGUUUGCCGGUGUCUCAAAUGUCGUUAGCAUUGACUCAAUUGUCCGGUUCAAGAUUCUAGGCAUGAUCCCCUAUGGCAGUCAGGUCUCUUUUGAAGAGGUCGCUGAGAAAACGAACCUCGAUAAGGGGCUUGUCAGACGCCUGCUUCGACAUGCGAUAACCAUGCGCAUCCUACAAGAGCCGGAACCAGGUAUGGUGGCACAUACCAAGAUCUCUAAGUUCUUAGCCCGCCCAGAAAUCAUCGGUUGGGCCACGUUUGAAAGCCAUGAUACCUGGCCAGCUAUCCCUAGAGUCGGAGAAGCGAUCGAGAAAUGGCCGUCCUCCCAAGAAGCCAAUGAGACCGGCUUCGCCCUUGCCAACCAAGGGAAGUCGGUAUUCGAAGUCCUUGGCUCAGACCCUGAGGCGGCGAUGCGUUUUGCAGGCGGGAUGAAGUCCCUGGACUAUGUUCCGGGUUGCGGAGACGCUUAUGUGGCCAAGGCCUACGAUUGGGCUUCCCUCGGAGAUGUACAAAUCGUGAAUGUUGGUGGCCAACGAGGCUCAGUCGCGAUGGACCUGGCAAGUAAGUUUAAGAACGUCAAGCUACUUGUCCAGGAUUCGGCCAUGAUCAUUCAAGGCGCCGACUCCGCUGUUCCCGACCAGUUGAAAGAGCGCGUCCAGUUCAUGAACCACGAGCUCUUUGAUCCUCAGACGGUGCAGGCAGAUGUCUACUUCUUCCGCAUGGUCCUCCGUUCUUGGGGUGAUAAAUACGCCGUCAACAUCUUGAAAGCUCAGAUUCCCGCCCUCCGGCCCGGAGCAAAGAUCCUCAUUCAGGACGCAUGUAUGCCAGAGCCGGGAAGUGGUAGUCCAUUAUGGAGAGAGCGAGUUAUGAGGUCGGUUGACAUGGCGGUGAAAUUCUACUUCAACAGCUACGAACGACAUCUGGACGAAUGGAAAUCGCUUCUCGCAGCGGCAGAUAAGCGAUUCGUCCUUCAUAAGGUGUAUGAGACCAUGGAAUCUCAGCUAUCGGUGCUUGAAGUUCACUGGGAUGUGUAA